CGGAGGAGAAGAGGAAAGGAGGGAGCGCGAGGGAGAGAAGCGAGAGCCGAGGGACAACUUUUCCACCCCGCGUUCCUGGUAGCAGAGAGCUGAAGUAAUGAGAAGGCAUCAUGGAGGCCCAGUCCCACAGCUCCACGACCACUGAGAAGAAGAAAGUGGAGAAUUCCAUAGUGAAAUGCUCCACGCGAACAGAUGUCAGCGAGAAAGCCGUGGCCUCCAGCACCACUUCCAAUGAGGAUGAAAGUCCUGGACAGACCUAUCACAGAGAGAGAAGAAACGCGGUCACCAUGCAGCCACAGAGUGUCCAGGGCCUCGGCAAGAUCAGCGAGGAGCCGUCGACAUCCAGCGAGGAGAGGGCCUCGCUGAUCAAGAAGGAGAUCCAUGGGUCCCUGCCGCACCUGGCCGAGCCCUCCCUGCCAUACCGCGGGGCCGUGUUUGCCAUGGACCCCCGGAACGGUUACAUGGAGCCUCACUACCACCCUUCUCAUCUCUUUCCUGCGUUCCACCCUCCCGUACCGAUCGACGCGAGACAUCACGAGGGCCGUUACCACUACGACCCGUCCCCGAUUCCUCCACUACAUGUGCCUUCUGCCUUAUCUAGUAGCCCAACGUACUCAGACCUGCCCUUCAUCAGGAUCUCCCCCCAUCGGAACCCCGCUGCAGCCUCGGAGCCCCCCUUCAGCCCUCCACACCCCUACAUCAACCCCUACAUGGACUACAUCCGGUCCCUUCACAGCCCGUCUCUCUCCAUGAUCUCGGCAGCCCGGGGUCUCAGCCCCACAGAUGCCCCCCACGCCGGGGUCAGCCCCGCGGAGUACUAUCACCAGAUGGCCCUGCUCGCUGGCCAGCGCAGCCCCUACGCGGACAUCAUCCCCUCUGCGGCGGGUGCCGGCGCCGGGGCCAUCCACAUGGAGUACGUUCACGCCAUGGACAGCACGAGAUUCCCCAGCCCCAGGCUGUCAGCCAGGCCGAGCCGGAAACGUACCCUGUCCAUAUCACCACUCUCCGAUCACAGCUUUGACCUUCAGACUAUGAUAAGGACGUCUCCCAACUCCUUGGUCACGAUUCUCAAUAAUUCCCGCAGCAGCUCGUCGGCAAGCGGCUCCUAUGGUCACUUGUCCGCGAGCGCCAUCAGCCCGGCCCUGAGCUUCACCUACCCUUCUGCUCCCGUGUCUCUCCACAUGCACCAGCAGAUCCUAAGCCGGCAGCAGAGCUUGGGCUCAGCCUUCGGACACAGCCCUCCUCUCAUCCACCCUGCCCCGACGUUUCCAACGCAGAGGCCCAUCCCUGGGAUCCCCACGGUCCUGAACCCCGUCCAGGUCAGCUCGGGCCCAUCGGAGUCCUCACAGAACAAGCCGACCAGCGAGUCCGCGGUGAGUAGCACGGGGGACCUGAUGCACAACAAGCGGUCCAAGAUCAAGCCCGACGAAGACCUCCCCAGCCCGGGGCCGCGGGGCCAGCAGGAACAGCCAGAAGGAACAACCCUGGUGAAGGAGGAAGGGGACAAAGACGAAAGCAAACAGGAGCCUGAAGUCAUCUAUGAGACCAACUGCCACUGGGAAGGCUGCACGCGGGAGUUUGACACCCAGGAGCAGCUGGUACACCAUAUAAACAACGACCACAUUCACGGUGAGAAGAAGGAGUUCGUGUGUCGGUGGUUGGAUUGCUCGAGAGAGCAGAAGCCCUUCAAAGCCCAGUACAUGCUGGUGGUGCACAUGAGGCGGCACACGGGGGAAAAGCCUCACAAAUGCACUUUUGAAGGUUGCACAAAGGCCUACUCGAGACUAGAAAACUUGAAAACGCACUUGAGAUCUCACACUGGAGAGAAACCGUACGUCUGUGAGCAUGAAGGCUGCAACAAGGCUUUCUCAAAUGCCUCGGAUCGCGCCAAGCACCAAAACAGGACGCAUUCCAAUGAGAAACCGUAUGUGUGCAAAAUCCCAGGCUGCACGAAGCGCUACACAGACCCGAGUUCCCUCCGGAAACACGUGAAGACGGUGCACGGCCCAGAGGCUCACGUCACCAAGAAGCAGCGUGGGGACAUACAUCCUCGGCCCCCCCCGCCCCGCGAUUCUGGCAGCCAUUCACAGUCCCGGUCGCCCGGCCGGCAGACUCAGGGAGCCCUCGGGGAGCAGAAGGACCUCAGCCACACUACCUCAAAGCGGGAAGAAUGCCUCCAAGUGAAAGCAGUCAAGGCAGAGAAGCCCAUGACAUCUCAGCCAAGCCCUGGUGGUCAGUCUUCAUGCAGCAGCCAACAGUCCCCCAUCAGCAACUUUUCCAACAGUGGGCUCGAGCUUCCUCUGACCGACGGAGGUGGUGUGGGAGACCUCGGGGCCAUUGACGAAACCCCAAUCAUGGACUCGACCAUUUCCACUGCAACCACCGCCCUCGCCUUGCAAGCCAGGAGGAACCCGGCAGGGACCAAAUGGAUGGAGCACGUAAAACUAGAAAGGCUCAAACAAGUGAAUGGAAUGCUUCCACGACUGAACCCCGUUCUACCCCCCAAAGCCCCUGCAGUCUCUCCUCUCAUAGGAAACGGCACGCAGCCCAGUACCAGCUGCAGUCUGGGCGGGCCCUUGACUCUCCUCCCGAACAGAAGCGACCUUGCUGGUGUGGACAUCACCAUGCUGAACAUGCUCAACCGGAGGGACAGCAGCACCAGCACCAUCAGCUCCGCCUACCUGAGCAGCCGCCGCUCCUCCGGCAUCUCCCCCUGCUUCUCCAGCCGCAGGUCCAGCGAGGCGUCCCAGGCCGAGGGCCGGCCCCAGAACGUGAGCGUGGCCGACUCCUACGACCCCAUCUCCACCGACGCCUCGCGCAGGUCCAGCGAGGCCAGCCAGGGGGACGGGCUGCCCAGCCUGCUCAGCCUCACGCCCGCGCAGCAGUACCGCCUGAAGGCCAAGUACGCGGCGGCCACGGGCGGGCCGCCCCCCACCCCGCUGCCCAACAUGGAGAGGAUGAGCCUGAAGACCCGGAUGGCCCUGCUCGGGGACGGCCGGGAGCCCGCGGGGGCCCUGCCUCCCGUGCACCCUCCGCGGAGGUGCAGCGACGGGGGCGCGCACAGUUACGGCCGCCGCCCUCUGCUGCCGGCCGACGCGCUGGGCAACGGCGUGAGGCGGGCCAGCGACCCGGUGAGGACGGUGUCCGAGAGCCUCUCGCUGCCCCGGGUGCCGCGGUUCGGCAGCCUCCACGGCUUCAACCCUCCGGCGCUGCCCGCCUCCCUGGAGAAGCGCAACUUAGUGCUCCAGAACUACACGCGGCCCGAGGGCGGCCAGCAGCGCCACUUCGCGGCCUCCCCCUGCCCUCCGAGCAUUACCGAGAAUGUCACCCUGGAGUCCCUGACCAUGGACGCCGACGUGAGCCUGAACGAGGAGGACUUCCUGCCCGACGACGUGGUGCAGUAUUUAAAUGCCCAGAACCAGGCGGGGUAUGAGCAGCCCUUCCAAAGCGGCGUCUCUGACGACGGCAAGGGGCCCCAUGGGCCCGGCCUAGGGAGUGGGCACGGAGACUUCGACCCCCCCGGGCUGCCCGACAGCCACGCCGGCCAGCAGUACCGGCCGCUGGAGCAGCCUUGCCCUGAAGCCAGCAAAUCCGACCUGCCCAUUCAGUGGAAUGAGGUCAGCUCUGGCAGCGCCGACCUGUGCUCGUCCAAGGUGAAAUGUGGCCAGAGGUCGGCGGCGCCGCAGGCUCGAGCCUUCGGCUUAUACGCCAACACCAACAUGGGCGUUCACCCACAGAAUCCCUUAAGGAACGGGGUCGGCCCCGCCGGGGGGUACCCGACCCUCGUGGAGCACGGCAGCUCCUACGGUGGCCCCGAGCACUUAGCGAGCCACGGUGGCGGACCGGGCACCAGCGGGAACACCUUCCACGAACAGCCCUACAAGACCCAGCAGUAUGGGAACUGCCUCAACAGGCCGUUGGCAGCCCCGGGCCUUCUCGACGGGGCCUGUGGUGCCGGGAUUCAGGCCGCAAAGCUGAAAAGCACCACGGUGCCGGGGAACGGGAGCCAGCCAGGUUUUGGCCUGUCGGUGGUGCCCCACGAGUCAGCGGGCAGCGCUGUGAAUGGCAUGGCACCCCAAGACCUGGUGGGCCAGGGGUACCUGUCCCAUCAGCUGCUCAACGACCACCAAGGGGCCGGUCGCACCGGUCAGCAGGUGCUAGAGCAGGUCAGCGCUACCUCACACGUCAGCAUCUAUCAAGGGCCAGAGAGCGGCCUGCCGGGGCCCCCCUGCCAGGGCAGCCAGACGUCGGGCUUGGCAGCCGCCAGGGGCUACCAGCCCUGUGCCGGCUUCGGGGGCAGCAGACGCCAGGCUGCGCCGAGGGGCGGCCUCGCUCUGCAGCAGGGACAGCUCAGCGACACGAGUCAGGCCUGUAGGGUGAACGGCAUCAAGAUGGAGAUACAAGGGCAGCCCCAUCCGCUCUGUUCGAACCCACAGAGUUACUCUGGUCAGUUCUAUGACCAAACCGUUGGCUUCAGUCAGCAAGACAUGAAAACUGGUUCAUUCUCCAUUUCAGAAGCCAACUGCCUGCUCCAGGGGGCCAGCGCCGAAAACUCUGAAUUACUCUCCCCAGGUGCUAACCAGGUGACAAGCACAGUGGACAGCCUCGACAGCCAUGACCUGGAAGGGGUGCAGAUUGAUUUUGAUGCUAUCAUCGACGACGGGGACCACGCCAGCCUGAUGUCUGGAGCCCUGAGCCCCAGCAUCAUUCAGAACCUUUCCCACAGCUCCUCCCGCCUCACCACACCGCGCGCAUCCCUCCCGCUGCCCGCGCUGUCUGUGAGCACCACCAACAUGGCCAUCGGGGACAUGAGCUCUUUGCUGACCUCCCUCGCGGAAGAAAGCAAAUUCCUUGCAGUGAUGCAGUAG